CACACAGCCUGGCAGCUGAUGGACAGUUAAGCAGCUAAAGACCCGAAAAUUCACCCCAAAGGUUUAAAGGAGAGCAAAGCUAAAACAGGAGGUAAUAGCUAUGACUUCCUUUAGUCAGACUUUGAGCUUUCUGCUAAUCAGCUCUACUGUGUUAAUGUUACACUGUGUGCCGAGUACAAAUGUCUUCCCUAUAUUCUUUCAUGGACGCCCCCAAGUGGACAUCAGCAGCAUUACAGCAUCAGUCCAAGAUAAAAAUAGCUCAGUUUCGCUUUCCAAUCGUCAGAAAUGAUACCGAAGUUUUCCUCCUCCCAUGAAACCAGCGGCCGCUGUCGUCAAACUGCGGUUUGGUCUCCCAGGUGGAAGGAAACGCAGGCAGAGCUCGGACACGAUGGAGACGGAAAUACUGAGAAUGAUCUGCGCCGGCCAAGGAGCAGUCAACACGGAGGAUUUAGUGUAUAAUCUGUUUUCCGGAGAUCCCACGAAGUUGUCGGAGAUCAUUUGUAACCAAGAGAAAUUUGUUUCCUGUUGUCCAAACGGACAGCCGAAGGUGGUGGCCAGGACCCGCCUGAGACUUUGCAGAGUGAAAGACUGCCCGGGGACGUGCAGGGCUCUGCACCUGUGCAAAAACUUCCUCUUCAGCGGUUUCUGUCAGUUCACUCAGCUCAGGAGGGGCUGCAGCUUCUCCCAUGAGCUGACGUCUGAGCAUAACCAAAGACUUCUGAGGCAGCAUGAGCUGGAGAGCCUGAGCCGAGAGGAGCUGUGCACCCUGCUGCUGCAGAGUGACCACACACUCCUUCCUGCUAUAUGCUACGACUACAACAACGGUGAUGGAGAGUUUGGCAGGUGUAAGGAUGGUGAUGGUUGCAAGAGGCUCCACAUCUGCCAGAAGUACAUCAGCCGUGAAUGCAGCUGCUCGAGGAAUCACAAUUUUACUGCUCCACAGCCCAUAAAAAAUGUCCAAGAAAGAGGCGUACCUGGUGCCCUUCUGCCAUCCUUGAAGGCUGUGUAUGCAAAUAAAGAGGCUUUGAGGCUGGCUGAGAAUGGUCAACAACAGCGGAGAGGCAGAGGGAGAGGUGGUAGGGGUGCGACAGGCAGCAGGGGCAAUAGGGGAAACAGAGGAAACCACAGCAGCCGACCAGUGCAGGAUCGAGCCUCCUCACUUACUGAGAUGCUUGCUGGCACUCACAUCUUCGAUCUGUACACCAGUAAUGGACUGAAUGAAAGCGACGAUGAAAACUCUUCCACCAGUGACAUCUCCGCAGCCACCAGUGACAACGAUGCGAGCAGUGAAAAUGGUGAGAAUCGAAGACGGAGACGCCGUCAUGGAAGAAGUCAAGCAGCUGUCAGAGGGAGAGGCGGCAACAGGGGCACCAAUAAGCAACCACUACCAAAAACGUGUUCAUCAAGCAACAUUAACGCUGCUGUCAGUGAUGAAGCUGCUAAAGGUGGAGAAUGGCAGAACUAUAGACAGAGGCCUGUCAGAGAUAAAACAGAGAUCUGCAUGUACUUCAUCAAAGGUCACUGCAAACAUGAUGAUCGAUGUUUUAAAGCUCAUGACAAGAUGCCGUACCGAUGGCAGGUCCAAGAGGGACACCAGUGGACUGAUUUGCCCGAUAAUGAGACAAUUGAGAGAGACUACUGUGACCCCAGUAACUCAUACAGUAGCACCAGUCCGGCCGUGCACUUUGACACGAUGACCUGUGGAUGGAACAAAGUACGUCGACUCUCGACAGAAAACUCCGUGAUUGAGCCGACUUUCAUCCACACCACCGAGUGGCUUUGGUACUGGCAGGAUGAGUUUGGGAGGUGGAACACUUAUUCCGCAGAUACUAGUGGACAUAAAGCAGCAGACAUCAACAGCACAAAGCUGGAGGAGAAGUUCCUGGCCAAUGACAAAGACGUGGUGGAGUUCACUGCUGGCUCCCAGUCGUAUUCACUCAGUUUCCAGGACAUGAUACAGACAAAUAAACGCUAUGGCACCAAAAGGUGUGUGUGCAGACGGCCACUGUUUGUCUCUGCUGCAGAUGUCCUAACAAAGAAAGUCAGACGGCCCGUGGUUAAAGCAUCUGCUCCAAUACCAGACAACUGGGACAAGACACAGAUCCCCGAAGCAGGAUAUUCGCGAAUCUCCGUCCAGCGCACUUCAGACGAAUUUAAGACGGUGGAAACUCAUUUCUGUAAAACCAUGAAAGGCUUUGAUAUUGUCAAAAUUGAGAGGAUUCAGAACAAAGCUCUUUGGGAAGUCUUUCAAUGGCAAAAGAAUCAGAUGAAGACCAAAAACAAAGGGGGAAGUGUGACUGAGAAAAAGCUUUUUCAUGGCACUCACUCCAAAUUUGUUGACACAAUCUGCCACCACAACUUUGACUGGAGAAUCUGUGGACUUAAUGGAACGGCUUAUGGCAAAGGUAGUUACUUUGCCCGUGAUGCCAGAUACUCCCACAACUACACCGGUGACACUGACGUCAGAGACAUGUUCAUCUCACGGGUGCUGGUGGGAGACUUCACCAAAGGGUCCUCCGAUUAUCCCCGACCUCCUUCGAAGGACGGAGGGGACAUAAACUUCUAUGACAGCUGUGUUGACGAUGUAAUGGACCCCGCCAUAUAUGUGGUGUUUGAGAAGCACCAGAUCUACCCCGAGUACCUGAUAAAGUACAAGACCACACACCCACUAGUUAGUACAUUGAUGUACAGUGGUGGUGCAUCAGCAUCAGCACCAGCACCAAAGCCAGUGGCAGCACCAAAGCCAGUGGCAGCACCAAAGCCAGUGGCAGCACCAAAGCCAGCUACCAUAUCGGCUUACCAACCUAGCACGAUCUCCUCUGGAUAUAAAGCCAGUACCUCCGCUUCUUUUUACUCACCUAACACAACCUCUUCGCCCCACCCAUCUAGCUCUGCGUCUUCUGGGUACUCAUCUAGCUCUGCGUCUUCUGGGUACCCAUCUAGCUCUGCGUCUUCUGGGUACCCAUCUAGCUCUGCGUCUUCUGGGUACCCAUCUAGCUCUGCGUCUUCUGGGUACCAAUACAGUACCUCGUACACAAACAUCAGAACAGUUAACCAGCCCACACACGUCCCUCCAUCUCCCUCAGCACCCCCAAAGAAAACAUCCGAUUCUUGUGUCAUUGCUUAACAUCAGUGGUGUAAAGGGGGUUGGUGGUGUUUUGCAAUAAUAAUAAUAAUAAUAAUAAUAAUAAUAAUUAAUAAUAGCAUAAAAACAGACAGCAAUGGUGGAUCUUGAGCUCUAAAAGUGUUAAUUGGAGCAACUGAGAAGAAAACAAAUGAAGCCACAGAUAUUAAUGCAUUCCAGAAGAUUAGAAUAUGUAAUUAAUUAGCUGCUGUUUAUAAUGAACAGAUAACCAGUUUAGGAUUAACUCACUUCUCAGUCAGCUGCUAUUAAAGCAGCUUCACAUGACUUUGAAUGAUGAGACUUUGGUUUGCUGAAUAGGUAAGCGAGAGGCAGUGCAGAAGAAAGCUUCAGAAAUGUUACAUUUUCCCGUUACACUUCAUAAUUUCUUUUUGUUGUUGUUUUGAUGCUUGAAUUUUUCCACCUCGAACAAAUGUAAAAUGAUUUUCUACAAAUUGCCAGCAUUUCCACGCACUUUGUUUUUAUGUGCAAAUUGAAGAUGCACGUAAACAUGUGGCAUUUUGGCACAAUCACAAUUGUUGAGGUGUUGUUUAAAGAAACUACACUAACUUUUUUACAGAAAAUAAAAAAUAAACGGCAGCGGCGUGCGAGCCGUAUCAGAAGAAACACCUGAGUGCUUUCCUCGUGAUUAUCUCAGGAAGUUUUAUACGUCAUCCACAUUUAGUGGUUGCCAUACGAACGCAUCGUACUGUAUCACGUAAUGAUGAAAAACACUGUGUCAGAUUAGGCCA